AUGGAGUCUCAGGCAAAGUUAGAAGUUCUUUACCGUCAGCCAAAUUACAAUGAGGUGCAUCUUCUUGGACAAUGGAACAGGCAGCAAGAACAGCAGUUGCGUGAACUGGUGGUUGAGAACUCAGCCACUCUGAGAGUUAGACUCAGCAAGCUUGUUACACUUGCAGAAGACUUACAUGAAGCUGAAGAAGAACUUAAACACUUACGUGAAAAGAGGCAAAACGACCAAAAUCCUGCCGAGCGGACUGAACUGGCCCAGCUUCCGGAAAGGGUAGCACUUCUGGAAGAGAAGAUUGAUGAGCCAGUGGCUGAACUUGGGGGCAAUGAAUAUCACAAUACACCAGGCGCUAGAAAUAAUGAUCCAGAUAAUGUACCAAAUAAGUGGAUGAUCAACAUAGUCGGAUCACGAAGACCAAGAUUGUCAGAUAAAGCAAGAGCAGAGUGGCAGGAGGUGGCCGAAGCAAGUAUUCUUCAGGCGGAGCCGCUGGAUGAGGGUGAAGCUGAAGAACAUUGUUUGGAUGAAGAGGUUGGAGAUGAAGAUGUUGAAGUCAAAUUGGGAGAGGAAGGUGAGGGCGAGUUAGAUAUAGACUGGCUUUUUUGA